AUGUUGAGCUGGGGCUUCAGUACGGCUACAGAUGAGAUAAGAUUUGUUGCCGGCUUCAUGAUAGCUGGAGAAAUUCCGUCAUUGAUUGAGGAUGCCGAGGGCGCUUGCGGCACCGACAUAACCUUCCAGUCACUUGCAUCCAGUGGAAAGGAGCUGUUUGUUUUUCAAAUACUGACUCUGGACGCACACCAGUGCCAUCAGGUGCCUAUCUGCGCUUGUCUUGUCCAGGAGAGUGACCUGGAUGAUGGACAGGAACACGGUAUGGAUGCUGACCAUGCUCUGCAGACACUGGAGGCGGCUUUCGCAAUGGCCGCAACGACGCUUUCCUACAACAACACAACAGUCAGGUCGAUCUUCUCGCUUGCGAAUGUCUCUCCCUUCCAAUACGACCUCACUGUAGUGUUACCCCAAAGUGCAGCUGCAGGAAGUCUUUAUUCCGCACUAAGGCCACAGAAUGCCGCCGUUGCUGAUACCUCGGAAGGGUCCCCAGAGGCGGAUGAGCUGGAUGCAGAGGACUCACGGUUGGAGGUUGAUGGAGACGUAUCGGACGUGCAAUCGACGUCCGAACAUGAUGAUUUGGGAGAUGACACGGACGUGCACACGGUCGCCAUGGGCUGGGACGUUUCGCAAGCCGCUUCCCCAGUUCCUGCUCUGACUUCUUUGGCGAGCUGGUUCGGAUCGUUCUUGAGCGACGGCGGCAGCGCAGAGGUAGAGGGACCGGAAGACCCGGUCCUGAUCAGCCUGCCGCUGCCAGCUCUGUAUGACUUACUGGAGGUACAGGAGUUGGUGAUGUUGAUGCAGACGUCAUUUCGGACCAAGGCCAACAGAAUAUCUGAGGCUGUGGUCCAACAUCUCACCCAGACUGCCUUUGAGAAGCUUGCUCUGGUGGCCGGCCAUGACCCUGCCACCAUCGUUGACAAGUGCGCCUCGAAGAAGAUGAGAGAGAUCCUGUGCCCGUCUCCGUUCCAGUCUCCGGACAUUACUUCACAAGACGGUGUGGGCGCAGAGACCAAGAAGAUCUUGGACAGUCAGGCCUGGUGCCAUCGCCAAAUGGCCUACGAAAGCGGAACCAGCUUUCUUGACCAGACGCGUGUCCGCCAUCUCCUGGCUCGAUUGCAGGGACAGUGCCACGACGAGAAUGCUCAGGUAUGCGAAGCUGCGUACCAGGCUGUUUGGUUGUGCUUCCGCUGCUCCUCGUGCAGUGUGAAACGAAUGCUCAUUGCCGGGGUGGUCGCUGACAUUAGGGAGCGUCGAAAGGUCGGGCUCAGACGGAUCCUCUACAUGGUCUCCAUGUUGGAGACCGAACAGCUGGUGGAAGUCUACGUGCUGAUGAAAUACUGGCUGCAUGAUGAGAUGCUGCCGGAUCUCUUGCCAGCGAUGCAGGCUGUCCUUGCGACCCCCAGGGCAUCCAGCCUCUUGCUGUCCGCUGUUGCAGACGUGGCAAAACUACGGGCUUUGCCACAGUAUCAGUCGGCUGGCCGUGAACUUUUGCAUGACUUGUGGCUGCACGUGUGCGGCCUUUGCUUUGCCUCGCAACGUGAUUCGCAAACAUGA